ACUGUCCCCCUCCCAUCCUCUUGCCUGUGUUUCUUCUCGGAGCCGACCUCUACUGUAACAACCCCUGGCAUCACUGCAGAGCACUGAGGAGAGCAAUAAAACUGCAUCAGACAAGGGAAGUUGCGAGAAUGUUCCUCCUUACCGCGAUUAUUUUGUUCGGCUUUGCGUCAGCUCAGAAGGUGAUUCAAUUAUCCUACUGCUCGAUAGACGAGGACCACGUGAGGCUCGAUUGCAAAUAUUCGCUUCCCGCUGAGUCACCCGAAGUACUUUGCAAGUACACUCAAGGGGAAAGACUCCUGGACACCACCAACCCGGACGAGAAGCAGCAUGCCUCCUACAAGAAGAGAGCCAAAGCUCGCAUCUUCCCGGGCAACGUCUGCCGGCUGCUGUUUAAAAACCUGCCAAACGGCAAGUCGAACUUCACCUGCAACAUCAAAUUUGCCAACUCAUCUAGUACAUCUAAAACAUCGGUGGUGGAAAAAAAGCUCCUCCUCCCUUGUUCUGCCUUGAGUGUCCUGUUACAAAGCUGCAAUGGCCUGCUGUUGACCUUGAUGACAUUUCCUAUGCUGCUCGCACUUGACUGGCUCUGAAAACGGGACCCAAGAUGCUGCAGCCGAUUAUCUGGUGGCUGCCGGUGGACUCUAAAAGCUGUUGAGUUGAAUGCGCAUACAAUAUACAGUGUAUCUAGGCUAAGUGUGCAAAUGUACAACAGUAUUUAUUCUAUCUUCAGCUGAGUUCAACCACGAUCUCAGAAAUAGAGACGUGAAAUGUGACAUCGGCUUUAGUAUCGCCAUUUGAAUGGAUCCUUAUGGUGACUCUGUUCCAUCCAACGAGUGAUUCCUAUAGCUCAAGAGUGAUCAAAUCUGAGUGAUGGAAGACAUCUGCUCAAAUCUGCCCCAAAAAUAUUCCAGUGGUACCUCUACUUAUGAAAUGAAUCCGUUCUGGAAGGCGUCUCGUGAUGUGAAUUUUUCGUAAGUAAAUGUGCUUUUCACAUGUAAAUAGCCUAAUCCGUUCCAAGCCCUCCACCAAAAAUAAACAUUCAAAGUACUUAAUGUAAAGAAUAAUAAAAAAUAUGUUCAUUUACCUUUGGCGAUGGGUGACUAUGUGAACAGAAGGGUGAGUGACAAGCAAAAGGGAUCGUGGGGGACGGGGGAGGAGGCAACCAUUUGACAGCUGAGAGGAAACGUGUACAAAUGGAUGCACAAAGAAUGUUUAAUUCCGCUAAAGUUUCUUGGGGCCCAUGGUGAAUAUAGAUUAACAAAAUUGACAAAAAACACACACACAAAAAAAUGUUAUACUUUUCCAAUGUGCGCUAGCACGUGACAGCAUUUGGAAGCGCUAGCAUGAUUCGGUGACAGUUGACUGUCCAAGGGAAACAAAACGCAUCAUGGGUAAAGAUUGAUGUCCCUCCAAGCCAAUGGGAUGCCAGGAAGAUGCCAUGGGGAUACCCAGUGGGAAAGCGGUUCUACUGCGCCACACUAAACCAAGAUACAGGAUGUUUAUGUUCAGUGGAAUUUGAGGGCUGCGAAUACAGCGCCUAUUUUUUCCUUUCAUAUCCUGAAUUUUCUUUCGUAGCUGGAGACAAUAUUUUUCCUAGGAGGCGUUUUGUAACCUGAAUUUUUCGUGACGAGAGACGUUCCUAAGUAGAGGUACCACUGUAUGUCAAUAAUACAGAGAAAUACAUGCAUGCAUGAGCUAUGUAGAUCAAUCAAUAUAUACAGGACUCCAUUUAUAAGACUGACUGUCAUGUGUGGUAUUGCAAAGGAUGUUGUUGCUUCUGGCUGCUGUGAUGUGAAUAAGGACAACAGCCUUCAAGUGUUAUUGCAUGAAAACGGCCCCGUUUGAAUUUACUGUUCUGAAGAUUAAAAGAAUAGAAGAAGACAAUUACAGAUGGGAUAACAGACAAAAGCAAUGUUUAAUCCAUGAUGCAAAGGACAGAUGGUUGGCUGAGAGUUAGUUGUCUGUAUGGGAUGUUUAAAGAUGUAUCAGCUGUAUCGUGUUUAUGGACUUUUCUUAUAUUUUAGCCUCAUCUAAAGCAUAUUACGAUGGUUAUUUUUUGUGUAUUUGUCUCCCAUAGGAAAAAGGAUAUACUGUACACCCUUUAUUUCCCCCAGUACUCAAUACUCUCACUAUCAUCCUGUUUUCCAGUUUAAUAGUGUUACUGUAACCUAAAAUAUGAGUAAGCAUCUUUGUAUACACCACAUGACAAUUAGUGACAUUCUCUGGGUGAUAUUGUUAAAAGACAAGGAUGAAAUUGAAGUAUUCUUUGCAGCAACCCUGAUGAUCAGUGCCUGGUAAUCACAGAGUGGUGAGCGAGCACUAAAACAAAAACACUAUUGAAAAAAAAAAGCAUGACCAACCUAUGUCUAAAUUCUAAUAGUUGUUUGAUAAG